AUGUCAAAAUUAAGAGUGAUUGAGUUACUUCUAUCCAUCCCCGUUCAUAAAUCCACAGGAGACGAUGGCAUUAGCGCCAAAAUAAUGAGAAUAGCAGCACCAGCUAUAGCCGAACCAUUAAGCCAGCUGAUGAAUCGUUGCAUAAACACUCAAACGUUCCCCUCAAAAUGGAAGGUUGCUAAGGUCACCCCAAUAUAUAAAGGGAAGGGAAACCGAGAUGAAAAGUCUAACUACAGGCCUAUAUCAGUGCUUCCCAUUUUAUCUAAGCUACUGGAAAGGCACAUAUGUGAACAUAUGUAUGGGUUUCUGCAACAACGAAACUUAUUUUAUCGACUUCAAUCCGGGUUUCGUAAACACCAUUCGACUGAAACUGCACUCAUCAGACUCAUUGACCAAUUGCUACUUGAUCUGGAUAAAAACAAGGUAACUGGACUAAUUUUUGUAGACUAUAAGAAAGCCUUCGAUCUGAUAGACCAUCAUCUGCUCCUUAACAAGUUACAUAAUUAUGGCAUUCAGGGGGAUGAGCUAAACCUCUUAAAAGACUAUCUUAGAAACCGUUGGCAGUAUGUAAAUAUUGAUGGUUCCCGUUCUCCGAAAAUAGAGGUAAAAUGCGGUGUGCCACAAGGAAGUAUUUUGGGUCCAAUCUUCUUCCUUUUGUUUAUCAACGAUCUUCCGUCAGAGGUAUUCCACUCCGAGGUCGACAUAUAUGCGGAUGAUACUACCCUUAGUCACUCCGCAGAAGUGGAUUUGGCACCUACAGCCAUAGAAACAGCACUACAGCUUGAUUUGGACGGCAUUGUAAGGUGGUCAAAAACAAACAAAAUGAUCAUAAAUGCCAAAAAGACAAAAUCUAUGCUUGUUACCGGGAAGAGAUUGGCCAAAAAGUUGCCGACAAAGAUAUUGUCGUUACAGUCUGAAAACGAGGAUAUUGAACAAGUUCAUUUCCAGAAACUUUUAGGAGUCACUAUCGAUCAAGAACUGACUUUUGAUAAACACGUGGAAGAACUUUCUAAGAAAUUGGGACAACGACUGGGCGUUCUUCGGAAAAUUAAACGGUUUCUUCCUUUAGACCAACGUAAACUGUACUACAACACCAUGUUUAAGCAAGUCAUGAUGUAUGGUGCUACAGUUUGGGCUAACUGCUCCGUGGAAAACUUGAAAACAAUUCUUCGAUUGCAAAAACGUGCUGCCCGCAUUAUUUUGGAUGUCGGUACAAGAACAAACAGCGUAUCAUUGUUUAAGCAGCUAAAUAGGCUUGCUUUUCACGACGAAGUGAGGUUGAACAAAUGUGUCUUAGCUUACAAACGGUUUCAUGGAAAUUGGCCAUCAUAUAUUAAUGAUAUUCUAACCUCAAAUGCAGACAUACAAACCCGUUCGUCAGGCCGUUACAGUCAAAGAAACUUGGUAUGUCCACGCUAUAGCCGAGUCAUGGAAGGGGGAAAGUCUUUCCAGGUCUCCACGUGUAAACUUUGGAACUCUAUACCUCCUCAUAUAAAAACUUCCGAAAAAUCUGUAGAAACUUUUAAGAAUGAACUUUUUAACUAUUUUUUUCAUAGGUAUAAUGAUAUUGAUUCUUUCACAAUAUCUUGACUUUUUAACUUAUGAACUUAUAGUAUUAUCAUGAUUACAUGUUAUAUAGUAUUUUUAAUUGUAUGUAAUGUAGUUAUAGUAUAAGAGGGCCACUUGUUAGUCAGUUGAUAUACUGUUCAGUGUUUACCCUCGUUAAAUAAAGUUGAUUGAUUGAUUGAUUGAUUGACUAAAGUCUGCAUGUAACUAAAGUCUGCAUGUAUACUAAAGCCUGCAUGUAACUAAAGUCUGCAUGUAACUAAAGUCUGCAUGUAACUAAAGUCUGCAUGUAACUAAAGCCUGCAUGUAUACUAAAGCCUGCAUGUAUACUAAAGCCUGCAUGUAUACUAAAGCCUGCAUGUAUACUAAAGCCUGCAUGUAUACUAAAGCCUGCAUGUAACUAAAGUCUGCAUGUAACUAAAGCCUGCAUGUAACUAAAGCCUGCAUGUAUACUAAAGCCUGCAUGUAUACUAAAGCCUGCAUGUAUACUAAAGCCUGCAUGUAACUAAAGCCUGCAUGUAACUAAAGUCUGCAUGUAACUAAAGCCUGCAUGUAACUAAAGUCUGCAUGUAACUAAAGCCUGCAUGUAUACUAAAGCCUGCAUGUAUACUAAAGCCUGCAUGUACACUAAAGCCUGCAUGUAUACUAAAGCCUGCAUGUAUACUAAAGCCUGCAUGUAUACUAAAGCCUGCAUGUAUACUAAAGCCUGCAUGUAACUAAAGUCUGCAUGUAACUAAAGUCUGCAUGUAACUAAAGCCUGCAUGUAUACUAAAGCCUGCAUGUAUACUAAAGCCUGCAUGUAUACUAAAGCCUGCAUGUAUACUAAAGCCUGCAUGUAUACUAAAGCCUGCAUGUAUACUAAAGCCUGCAUGUAACUAAAGUCUGCAUGUAACUAAAGCCUGCAUGUAACUAAAGUCUGCAUGUAACUAAAGCCUGCAUGUAUACUAAAGCCUGCAUGUAUACUAAAGCCUGCAUGUAUACUAAAGCCUGCAUGUAACUAAAGUCUGCAUGUAACUAAAGCCUGCAUGUAACUAAAGUUUGCAUGUAACUAAAGCCUGCAUGUAUACUAAAGCCUGCAUGUAUACUAAAGCCUGCAUGUAUACUAAAGCCUGCAUGUAUACUAAAGCCUGCAUGUAUACUAAAGCCUGCAUGUAACUAAAGCCUGCAUGUAUACUAAAGUCUGCAUGUAACUAAAGCCUGCAUGUAUACUAAAGCCUGCAUGUAUACUAAAGCCUGCAUGUAUACUAAAGUCUGCAUGUAUACUAAAGCCUGCAUGUAUACUAAAGCCUGCAUGUAACUAAAGCCUGCAUGUAUACUAAAGCCUGCAUGUAUACUAAAGCCUGCAUGUAUACUAAAGCCUGCAUGUAUACUAAAGCCUGCAUGUAUACUAAAUCCUGCAUGUAUACUAAAGCCUUCAUGUAACUAAAGCCUGCAUGUAUACUAAAGCCUGCAUGUAUGCUAAAGCCUGCAUGUAACUAAAGCCUGCAUGUAUACUAAAUCCUGCAUGUAUACUAAAGCCUGCAUGUAACUAAAGCCUGCAUGUAACUAAAGCCUGCAUGUAACUAAAGCCUGCAUGUAUACUAAAGCCUGUAUGUUCUAAAUCUGUAUACUAAUAUUUAAUAUUUUUUUGAAGUAGUUUGGCUCCGGGGUGUUUAUUUAUACUAUACACAAUCAGUUUGUACUUUGGUACUCUUUUGAUAUAAAUUAAGGUGUACUUGGCAGUCGUAUAGCAUAUAUUAAUAAAAUCUUAUAAAUUUUAAUUUAUUUUUUUUUUAUAUGUACUCAUCAAAUAUGGUUGUUUUAUGCUUUGUUUAUAAAAUAUAUAAACUUUGAGAUAGAGGUAUAGCGAUAUGAGGUUGUUAUAACCAGGCGUAUAGCCUAAGUCACUUUGAAUUAUUUGAAAAUGCAGUCUGGCUUUUGCAUAUGUUCUGCUAAUAAGUACUGCCUAACUCUCAAAUAAAAUCCCAUUAGUGACAUCGCGAAGCCGACAAAAUACAUCAGUUUAACGAGCUUGCAUUUUGCCAGAUCUUCAAUGAAAAAGUUUUUACUUUCAAAGCAUUGUUCCAUGAUACCUGGGAUUGUAGUGUGGCUCAAACCCCACUCCGAAAAUGAGACGUGGUAAUGCUUUAUAUCUCUAUAGGCCAUUCGCAAACAUUAUAGAGGACAGUCUGUCCCAUAACAGAGGACACCCCCCGCCUCCCACCAAAAAAAACUUUGGAUGUGUGCUAGCUAUGACCACAGUGCAGUUUUCAUCAUUAGCUGAAUUCAUAUGAGAUGACGGAUUUCCGUGGGUCGGAGACAGGAAACUCGUCUAAAACGAGAAACUCAGAUAUAAAUUCGGUUAACGACGGGGUUUCCGUCUUGAUUUUUCGUCUACCUUUCCCGUCUGACCGAUCGGAAUGUUAGACGAGUUUGUUGUCUUAGACAGAAAACUCGUCUUAAAUUUAUUUAUAUCAGGCGAAUAAAUGAACACGGGUUUCAUAUCGUAACGUUGAAAAGAGACUGGAAUUGAGGGUUUCCUGUUUUUUCGCGUUUAUCUGAGGGAAAUCCGUCACACAAGUUUCCCGUCUUAGACGGAAAUCCGUCUUCUAAUACGAAUUCAGCAAUUGACCUACUACUGAUCAGCUUCAAUAUAGUCAUCCCAAUAUAACCAUUUUGUCCCCGAGCCGACGGCGCGAAGCGCCGUGCGAGGGUACUAAUUCCUCCCGGCUAUUUACACCAAGGGAAGGGAAGCAUUAGCGAAGUCUAAAGCUCAUCAAAUAUCGCGGGGGCGGGUCACUGUGCGUGUUUCGGUGGGUGGUCAUCCUCACUGAUCCCAUAAUAUAGCGGACUGUAAUGAAUAGCCAACACUGAUUGGUCCAAUUUAAAAUUGGCAUUAUAACGGCUGCAUGACGAUGUACGACGACAGCGAAAUUGAUUUGAUGAUUUCUUGCAAAUAUAUUUCAUUUUUGCAAGAUUUUGUAAAUUGCAAAGGAUUUUUGAUGAAAUAGAGGAAGGAAGUAAAGGUGCCGACGUUAACGAAGGAAAGUUUGUUUUAAAUAUUGAUGCAUUGUUUGCUUUUAAUAUACUGUAAUCUCCGCUGUAAUUACUUUAAAAGCCGAUCGUUGCGUAUAUAUAAAAUAUGAAACAAGACAGCGUAUUAUUUCAGUGUUUCUUUAUUGAUUACACUUUUUAUUAUACUAAGCAAAGUUAUUUACAUGGCAGAAUAUUUACAUUUUAUUUCGAACUCAAAGUUUAUCGAUAAAGGCAGUUUAGUUCUAUAUUAAAAGAACACUUUCAAACGUUUUGCGAAGCGUUUGUGGUUGAAUUUUACCUUAAAUUGAAGCUUAUAUUACGUAUAAUAACAUAGUACCUACUGUAAUUACUUUAAAAGCCGAUCGUUGUGUACAAAUAUGAAACAAGACAGCGUAUUAUUUCAGUGUUUCUUUAUUGAUUACACUUUUUAUUAUACUAAGCAAAGUUAUUUGCAUGGGAGAAUUUGGAAUCAUUUUAUUUCGAACUCGAAGUUUAUCGAUAAAGGCAGUUUAGUUCUAUAGUAAAAGAACAUUUUAAAACGUUUUGCGAAGCGUUUGUGGUUGAAUUUUACCUUAAAUUCACGCUUAUAUUACGUAUAAUAACAUACCUAACAUAUAUAUGUUUAGCAAAUUGAUAAUUUUGUAAUUAAAAGUGAUAUUUAUAGGGGAUUUUUCAUUUGUAAGAACAUUCUUAAAAAAUUAUCGUGUUACCAUGACAACUACUUAAAAUACUUCACGUUAAAAUGGUUUUGUCAGCAAGGCGAGGGUUUCCGCAUGCAUGUAUUUUCUAGUAUAGCUAUAAUGAAAUAUGAGCUAAAUAUGUUAUAAUGAAUACUAUAACGACUGCUGUCCAUUUAGACAAUUUGAUUAAUAAUUAUAAUGGACAGUGCAUGGAAGUCGGUUAUUUGAUUAAACUCUAGAUUAGCAUUUUAAUUAAAAUUGUAGAGAAUAGGAACCUUUCUCGUGCACAAAUUGUUCAAUUUAUAAAUGAAUACCAAAGCACCUCACAAUUUUGUCCAGAACACUGUUGCGUCUAGCUUGUUUGCAAUAUGUUCUGAAAUGUCUGACAUAUGCAAUAAUAUUUCCAUAAAUUUGAAAGCUAUAGUGAAAUAAAGGAAAGAAACUCUAACAUACCGCUUCAAUAUCUCGUAGUAAUGUCCAAUCUCCAGUCUGUGCUGUGAUUCUCUCUUCAGUAACGUUAGUCAGUUGGCAGUUUUCAACAUUGACUGUUGUAACUCUGUAGUUAAAUCCAACACAGAUGGGUUCUUUAUAACAAAGAGUGAGGCACUUUAUCUGGACUGCUGGGUUUUCAAUACUAUGUCUCGAAAUGAUCUCAUCCGAAGGUAAAGGUGGACCUCCUGUGCAAAAGUAAAAAGUUCAAAAUUUACAUCGACUGUAUAGUUAGUGGAAUAUUAAAGAAAUUGAGGAUUAUCAACAAUGUAUAGGAUUUGAAACUUGAGACAGACCUUCAUGUUUUAUAAAGAACAUGUACAUCUUAAGAUUGUAUUGAAUACACACGGAAAACUUACCUUUUCUGAUGGUUUCAUAAUACGUGGGAGAACAGUUCUGCGCAAUAACACUUGCGACUGAAAGCAUUAGUGUGGUUAACGUUAACAUUUUAAACAUCGAUGUCGCAAUUACGUGAUUUCUAUCCGCCAGUCACUGCUUUCUAUAGGCCAGUCACCGAGUAAUUGAGGUUAUCAGAAAGAUGCGAAUAAAAAUGUACGUUCAGAAUAAAAUAUUGAUGAGAAUAAAACCCAGAUGUACGUAAUAUAAUGAAUUGCUUUUGGCGGCAUAUAAAUUAAUUAAAAAAUUAAGUUUCUUGCAUAAUUGCUUAAUAUUUACAACAACUGGCAUACUUAUUAUUGCAAAUAAAAGUGUUCCAUGCAAUUACAAUUGUUCCUUCAUGAAAUGUGCUUGUAUAUUUAUGUGUGGACAAUUAUACUGGCUUAUCAUUUUUACUUUAAGGUGGCUCCUUACAGUUUUGAUUGUACAGCACACAAUUGUAUUCAAAAAACCAUUAUUUCAUCAUCUUGCAAAGUAUGAUCACGAAACUCGGCCACUUAACUGCUCAGUACAAUAUCGCGAAUUACGAAAAAUAAAAAAUGUCGUUAGAGACACGAAAAAACUGCAUUUAUUUUUAUCUAUGUGACGUCACAAAAAUCAGGAUUUCAAUUUCCUCGCGCGACCAGCCGACAAUCCCACGAAGGCCCGCGCGUGUAUAAAACAACGCAAUUUUAAAAACCCGUCACGUGUACAACGUCGACCACGCGUUUUGCGUGUAGCACUACUAAUCUCGCGCGUGGACAAAAUUUCCGCAACACAGAUCUAAAACUGUAGGGGGCCUUAAACUCGAAUGCCGCUACUUGGGAGUUGUCCAUAAUAUUAUGAAGGACUACUUCCGGUCUUGCUAAAAUAAACUACAUCGUAAAAUAAAUGGAAAAUGAAUUAUUAUUAUUUCAUCUUAUUUAAAAACGGUAACCCUUCAGUUUAAUUAAACAUUUUUUCAAGGGGCCGUUAUUACAUACUAAAUAUACAUAAAAAGAAAGCCCAGUGAACACUAUAUAUAACUUAGAUUAAAUCACAUAUAUAACUAGAAAUAAUGUGUUAUGUUAACCCUCCCAGACCCAAAAAUUACUCCUUCGAAUCAAAAUCCAUCCCACAAGUGGUUGUCACACACUAAUCCUCUCCUAAUUGGUGAAAUAGUUGUUGAUUAAGGGCGCUUUCCAUUAACACGGCCAGACCGGUCAGAACGGUCAAAAUGUUGAAUGGAACACAAAACAUUUGGGCUUCGGACCUAUCUAACCGGAAAAUCUAGAUAACAUUAGAGUGAGGUCCAUUUUCGCUAGCUAUUUGAGAAACAUAGACCAGAUCUUUCCAUUGAUACAGAGAAAAGAAUUUGGGUCUGACCGGUCAGGCCAUUAAAUGGAAAGCGCCCUAAGGUUUUGAAUUUUCUUAUGGAGAGCUCUUUAUAGUUGUUGGUAACAUCAUUUGGAAGAUUGUUCCAUAUAUGAUGCAGCACCUCGAUAAUUUCUUCAUGAAGUCUGUUUUAGGUUUUUCCAAAUAAAGUUUACAGUUAUUACUUCGUAACGGAUACAUAUCAUUUAGCCAAAUUUUAAAGAUAUUGUUCAUGAAUUCUGGCAGUUGGCCUUGUAAGGCCUUAAAUGUCAAUAUGAUUUCUCUUUUCUUAAGAGUGGUUUCACUUGGUUCCCAGUGAAAGGUAUUAAAUAUAUCUUUCGAUUUUACUUCGUAAGUUGACACUGUGAUUAUUCGAAACGGUCGUUUUUGCAAUUUUAAAAGCUUGUCUCUAUCUGUACGACUGCCGUCAUUCCACACGUUGGAGCAAUAGGUAAAGUGGGGUAAGACUAGUGAGUUGUACAUGUUAAUUAAAACGUUUUGUUUAACAAAUCGUUUGGUUCGUCUUAGUAAAGCAAUGCUCUUGGAUAGUUUUUUGCGUUGAAGACCAUUGUGUUUAUGCGAUCUCUGUUCAUCGCCUAAAGUAAUUCCCAGUACUUUCUUAUUGGUCACUUUUUUGAUAUUGUGAUUACAAAUCAGUAUACAUGGGUCAUAUGAGAAUUGUUUCAAUUUUCGUUUAGAGGCUAUUAGCAUAAAUUUUUUUGAGUUUAUUAGCAUAAAUUCAGUUUUUUUGUUUGCUAUUAAUCAGUUAUUGACGUUAUGCAAAUCGUUAUUUAGUUUCACGUCUACGUCCACCGGUGAAUUACCAAUGCUUAAUAUAUUUGUAUAAUCUGCAAAAAUAGAUGCCUAUGUUUGUUCGAGGCAGUUAGGAAGAUCGUUUAUAUACAAUGAGAAUAAUAACGGUCCUAAGUUUGAUCCCGGUGGAACUCCGCACCUUAUUUUUUUCAGUUGGGAAUUUGUACUUUGGACUGUAAAUAAUUGACUCCUGUUGGUUAAGUACGAUUUGAAGAAGUUAAGGCUACACCUUGAAUUCCAUAUAGUUCAUGUAAAGCGAGAUUGGCGUUUAGUGAUUAUUUUGUUGCUUUUCCGAAAAUUGAGAGGUUGGUCAUAAACUAGUUUCUCCAAUACUUUUGAAAUUGUCGGUAUGAUGGAUAUAGGUCUGUAAUUCCCGCAUUCAUUUUUGUCACCUUCCUUAUAUAUAGGCGUAACCUUGGCCUGUUUUAAAUCGUCUGGAAGUAUACCAAUGUCUAGGAUCAAGUUAAAAAUAUAAAGUAAGGUUUCACAUAUUGUAUAGCCUGCAGCUUUUAACAGUUUGUUUGUGAUUUUGUCGAGUCCUGCAGCUAAUUCCCUAGUUUUAUACCAUCUAGUAUUCUGCAUAAUUCGACUGCUGAAAUUUGUUUAAAUGUAAACAUAUUUAUUUAUUUAGCUUUUGCCAACUAGGGCAGGGUCACCACAACAGCAUAUGCCAAUUACUGUGGGCCCUUUUUUUUACCUAACCCACCCUGUCAACUUUCCCUGUGGGAGGAAACCGGAGUACCCGGGGAAAACCCACGGCUUUCGGCAGAGCGUUGACUUUUACUCUUUUCACAUGGGGACUGGGUUCGAGUCGCACUGAGAAGGUGCUUAGUGAGACUCGAACCUGCAAACCUCGGAGGUGAAAUGCAAGUGCGCUAACCACUUGGCCACCGAAGCCCCUUAAUAUUAGAAUUAGCAGUGAUAUAAUUAUUGAAGUGUGUCUACAUUACUUGGUGGUAUAGUUUGUGCAAGCGUAGGGCCAAUUUCACAAAAAUAAUUGUUAAACUCGUUUGCUAUAUUAUCGUUACCAGUAAUUGUUUGUCCAUUAACUGUGAUCUGGUUGAUUGUUGUUGUAGUCGUUCUCCUGUUGAGUAAAUGAUUAAUAAAUCUCCAGCAAUCUUUACUAUUUUUGCAUUGUUCCAGAUUUGCUUUAUAAUAGUGUGCUUUUGCAUCCCUAAUAAGUUACCAUGGUAACUUGGUUUUUGCAUAUUGUUUAAGCCUCCGUAUAAGCAGUAGAACUUAGUCUCUCAUGAUAGCUAAGUAUUUUAAUUUCAUUCUUCAAUCAUGGGCAAUGCUCGUUUCUAACUUUUCUAGUUCGAUAGGGAGCAUGGUUGUCAGAAAUAGACAAAAAUAUGUGCUUCCACUCCUGCCAGGAAAGAUUUGGAUCAGAGUUGUAUUUAAAGUAGUUAAACGAUUGUGCUAAGUCUUGUUGGAAUUCGUUUUCGUUAAAAUUUUUUAACUGCCUUGUUUCUACUAUUUUCCGCGUUUCUCUGCGUACUCUUAUUUUCCUACAAAUAUGCACCAGAUCAUGGUCACUUAUUUCCAAACCAAUCACUUCUGAAUCAGAUGUUUUGGUGUCGUCACUUUUUGUAAUUAUAAUGUCUAUUAUUGUUUUUGUCGUGUCAGUUGUUCGCGUUGGCUUAUCAAUGUGUUGCUGUAGUUGGUAGAUAUCUAAUAGGUCAUCCAAUAGGUCAUCAAAUGUUAUUCCUAUAGUUACUGUCCAGCAAAUCACCUGUUAUGAUUAUUUCUUUGUUUUUAUCGUCAAUCACUUUUAUGGAAUAUUAAAAAUCAUUAAAGAAUUCCAUAUUAGAACCUGGUGGACGAUAGCAGGUACAAUUAGAUCUAGCUUAGCUUUCGGUUUUUUAACUUCAAGACAAAUUGUCUCUGCAUUAAUUAACUGAAAUUAAGUCAGCUCUAUUAGUAUAGGGAAUAACAUUCCUUAUGUAGAUAGCUGUAGUGUAUCGCGCCAGGAUACAGAAUAUUCGAAGGAACAACAUAUAAAACCAACAGUCUGCUGUGGUUGAAGAAUUAAUAAUCAAUUACGAAGUACAAUAAACAUCCUUACGAUCUAGUGCAUUACUAAUUAACCUAUUAUGCAAGUUAGUUGUAUAUUAAUUAGGGGGUGGAUCUCUCCCCACAUUAAGAUAGAGUUUUUCUUGUAAUGUUUUAGAUAUUUAUCUGUCUAUGAACUAUAACUUUUUUUUAUACGAGUCUGAUUGUUCUAAACCAAACUUCAAAUUUCAAAAUAUGAACGUUAUUGCAAAGUUCAGAUUAAAUAACGUGACCGCUUAUUUAUAAGUCGAUCUGUUAAAUAACGUGUCCGUUUAUUUAGAAAGUUAAUCUGUUGGGGGCUGUAUUUCCCGCUUUGAUCUUCUCAGUGGUGGGAGUACAGCAAUUUAUUCCUAGUGAUGUUGGGCACUUGGGAUUGGGUCGUCUGCUUCGUCUUCCGUUUCAUUUUCUGUACCUGGAGUCGUUUCAAUCUUUUUGAAAAACGAAACAUUGCGUGUAACUUUGUGGGGACCAUGUUCAGCGGAGACCAUACUUCCUUUUCUUACGACCUUGUAAAGAUGUGGAUUAAAAGGGGUGGACAACUUGUUUGUUUUCGGUUAUCGGAUUAGAACUACGUCACCUACAUUUAUUCCACUAGUUUCAGACCGCCGUCGUUGGUCGGCGUAUUCCUUCAUCAUUCUCUUCUUUUCACUAUCUUUCUCAUAGAUGGAAUUGUAGAUGUCAGAUUGGUUGACUUCAGUGAGCUGGGGAAGAAGCGUUUGUAUUUUGCGACCGUUCAGAGCUUCAGAGGGUGACAUAUCAGUAGUGCUGUGUGGAUUUUUACGGUACUGGCGUAGAAAUGCGUUCAUUUCUUGUUUCCAAUUCUUCUUUUCUAGAUUGGCUGUACGGAUUGCUUUUUCGAGUGUUCGCAUAAAGCGUUCGAACUCGCCGUUCGCUUGGGGCCAAUAAGGCGUAACUUUUCGAUGCUCAAAUCCAAGGAAACUUGCAAAGUUUGCAAAUUCGUUGCUAUUGAAGGGGGGGGGGGGGCAUUGUCCGAUUUGACGACUUUGGGUAUUCCUUGUCUAGAGAAAAUACAAUCGAGUUUGAGAAUAACGGCGUUGGCAGUUGUGGAAUAGAGGAUUUCGACUUCUGGAAAUCUGCUGAAUUCGUCAAUAACCACAAGUAAAACUUCACCCGAGGGGAAUAGACCAACAAAGUCAAUGGCGAUUUCACACCACGGCGCUUUGGGUAUUGGGGUCAUAUUCAAUGGCUCUGGUUUUAGCAUGGUACCUUGUGUCGCUGCUUGACAUGGGAUGCAGUUUUUGAUUCUCUCUCGAACCAUCCUGUCAAUAGACGGAAACCAAACCUUUCCAAUUCACGUAAUAACCGCUUUGUCUUUACUAUUCCCUGAUGGCCUGAGUGCCAAUUCCAUAGCUUGAUGUUGAAGUGAUUUUGGAAGGACCAGACGUGUUCCUCGGAUGAUUAAACCAUCGCAAACGGGAAGUUCAUCCUUAUCAUUUUGUACAUCUGGAUUUCGGGGUCAGACCAGUGAUUGGUUACGACUGCUUGUGAUAGUUUUUGGAGUGUGGAAUCGUUCUUUGUUUCUUUCUGGACUUCUCAUAAGGUCAUAGCUUUUGGAAUUAUGUUCUUGCAAAGGUAGUUGACGUAAUUUUCAGCGAUGUUAUUUUCUUUCUUUAUCUGGAUAACGGCUGAUGAAGUCGGCAGGAUUGGCAUAAUCUUUUCCUGGCCUGUAAAAAAUCUCGUAAUUAUACGGCAUUAAUCUCAGUUUCCAUCGGUCGAUUCUGGGGGAGGUUGGUUUGUGACUCUUGAAGAUCCCAAGAAGAGGUUUAUGAUCUGUGAUCACCACGAACUUUGAACCGUAUAGACAGAGAUGAUAAUGCUCAGUUGCCCAGACGACUGCGAGCAUCUCUCGUUCUGUUUGGGAGUAGCGACUUUCGACAUCAGUCAGCGCACGGCUUCCGAAGCUGAUAACUUUACCAUCUUGCAUUAGAAUAGCUCCUACACCCGUCGGCUUGCGUUAACUAGUACUUUGGUGGACUUUGUUGGGUCAAAAUAGGCCAUGACUCGGUCACUAGUUAGCUCAUUCUGUAGCUUUCGAAAAGGGGUUUCUUCUUCUAUCUUCCAUUUCUGCCCGGAAUUCUGAUGGGUUAAAGCACGUAGAGUGUCAGUAAUGGUGGCAUAAUUCGGGAUGAAACGUGAACCGUACUGUGCCAUACCUAGGAGGGAUUUCACUUCGCUUGGAUUUUCUGGAAGUUGCAUGGUCUUAAUAGCAUUGAUCUUCUGAGGGGCUGCUUUGAUUCUUUCGGCUCUGAACGAGUGUCCAUAGAAGAUAACUUCUGACUUGCGGAAUGCACAUUUGUCUCGGUUAAGGCGUGCAUUGUGUUCUCGCAGACGGGUUAAAACGCGGUUCAGGUUUUCAUCGUGUUCUCUGACGUCACAACCGUAAACAAUUAUGUCAUCGGAAAUGUUCUUGCAUCCAGGUAGGCCAGUUGAAAGCUCAGCAAUUGAAUUUUGGAAUAUUUCUGAUGCGGCAUUUAUUCCGAACAUGAGUCGUUUAUAUCGUCGAAGACCGACAUGGGUGGAGAAUGUUGUAAUGUGCCUGCUUUCGGGUUCGAGCUCGAGUUGAUGGUAUCCGAAUGUCAGGUCUAGGGUGCCGAAAACAGUUGCGCCAUUUAGAUCAGUGAUGAAUUCAUCAAGUGUUGGCAUAAGGUGCUUUUCCCUUUUCACAGCUUUGUUUGCCUCUCGCAUGUCAACACAGAGGCGAAUUUCCCCUGUUUUCUUUGGGACUACGACAAUGGGACUGACCCAGGGGGUGGGCCCCUCGACUCUUUCGAUAACAUCGAGAUCUUGUAAGCGUUGAAGUUCUUUUUCAACAUCUUUUCUAAUAUGAAAUGGAAUGCGGCGGUGGGACUGUUGCUUAGGUUGGAUCUCAGGAUCGAUAUGCAGGUUGACUUUCUUGUCUUUGAUCUUGCCAAUGCCACCGAACAAGUCUGGACAAUUUUGUUCAGGGUGCGCAUUUAAUGCGGUGUUCAAUGCAGUGUUCACAGUUAUUUUUAGGAUCCCUAAGCUUUGGGCAGUGCUACAACUCAAAAGGUAGCCAUUUCGUCCUUUGGUGACGUAGAAGGUUGCAGUGACUGUGGUUGACCGAAAACGAACAUCUGCAGUAGUCAUACCUAGGAGUGGCAGUUCCAUAUUUGAGCCGUAUGUGUAUAUCUUGGACUGUGGUGUGGUAAGCACAGCGCUUUGAUUAUAUUUUCUGAUCUUUUCGUAUGUGGAUUCAUAAAUAAUGUUGACGGAUUUGAACGUGUUCGUUAGCAAUAUGUACCUCACAGGGUGGUAACGUACUGUGUUGAUGGUUGUUUUGGACGGUGAAUAUGUAGUGGGGUUCCUCCUCUGUAGAGGUUCGAACGACUUGACGGAUUUCUUGUCGUUUGGGUUUGGAUCUGCAAACCUUAGCAAAGUGGCCACUUUUACCACAUGCUUUGCAUUCUUUACCUUUUGCGGGACAGUCACCGGUGUGGGGAAAAAUUCCGCCACAGUUGGGACAUUGUUGUGUUGAGGAUCGGGUUGUUUUGUGAUUUCCUAUGUUACUUGAGUGCUUGAAUCGCGAUUGUUCAUAUUUACCGUGAGUUUUGCUGAUUUUUGUGUCCCUUUGCUCGUUUUUGACAGCGUUUAUGGAUGACACGCCUUUUUUCUACGGCUGUGACUUGUGCUUCGCUUCGCUUUUUUGCUCUGGCAUAGGUUAGUAGGUCUUUAAAAUUUGGGUUGUCACGAAGAGCUGGUCGUCGUAAUCAUGUGACAAACAUCCGACGAUUAUUUGUGUUUUUACUUCUUUAUCGAUGUUGGCGAACUCACAGGUUUGGGCGAAUUGUCUAAGCCUUGUAUGGAAUGCAUCGAUAUUUUCUCCGUGUUGUUGUUUUGCUGGGCGAAAGUUGUAUUCUUCGAAUGCUGAGUUAAUUUGAGGGAUAAAGAAUGCAUUGAGCAAGUGCUACCGCUAUUUUAUAGUCUUUGCCUACGCCUGCAUCAGGUAGAGUGUCAAAUAUUUCAUCGACGGCCGAGCCAGCAUAGUGUAGUAAUAGGGCGCGUUGUUGUUUUGUUUCUUUUUCGUGACACAGUAUUAUUCGUCGCUAUAAGGGAGUAGUUCAAAUCUGGUUAGCCAUUUCUUCCAUCGUGAGCCAACAUUGCCAUCGACAUGAACAUCAAACGGAGGAAAAUUAGGCAAUGAGAAAUUAUUUGAAGUCGCCAUGACUUGUUCGAUCAAGCGCUUUGUUCAACAAAUGUAGGUGUGUACUAACUGAUUUCUUUGUUCGCGUUUUGGAACUUUUUUUCCCGAUAUCGUUUGAAAAUACUGUUAGAUGAUCGAUUUCUUCGGUUUGUUAUUUUAGUGAUCCUCGUCGCCAGAAUGUAGUGUAUCGCGCCAGGAUACAGAAUAUUCGAGGGAACAACAUAUAAAACCAACAGUCUGCUUCGGUGGUUUAAGAAUUAAAGUACAUGUAAACAUCAUUACGACCUAGUGCAUUACUAAUUCACCUAUUACGGUAGUUAGUUGUAUAAUUAUUAAUUAAGGGGUGGAUACUACAAUAGCCACUCCUCCUCCAUUGCGGUUUCUAUCCUUUCUUAUCAAAUCAUAACCUGGUAUUUUAACCUCAAAGCUAGUUGUCUAUGGAGUCGCCAAGUCGAGUUUCGUUGAUACAAAUUACAUCAAAAGUGAAUUUGGACAGAAAAACCAAUAGUUCAUUUUUGUUCUUUACCCGAUUUGCAAUUUUUAAAUGCCCUAUUAUAUAAGUUUUUGGUAAACUUUCCAUAUUGGUCCGUGGUCGGAGUAAUUGGGUCUUGAGGGUUCACAUUUUCAUUAUCGUUAGUCUUAGUAGUAUCCCCGUCAUCAUGAUCAUCAUCAUCAUUGUCGAGUCUACUUUGAUCAAGUGAUGACGAGGAUGCUAAAGAAGUAUCUAGUCAAUUGUUAUUCUUUAAGUAAUUCUUUAUGUUUUUUCGCCAAGGAGGCUGAGCCCUUUGUGUUUAAAUGUAUACCAUAGCUAUUUAACUGCUACUUAGGGACCGCUCAUUAUUUAUUGUACAAGGGGGGAUUGAGGAGAAACUGGAGGGGGCUUUAAUUUUUUUAAAACCUGACAGGAGGGGGUGAGGUUGAAAAAAUACAGAGAGACGAAAGAAGGCUGGCUUCGAAAAUAUUUACCAGUUUGAAAAAACAUUAGUAGUUUUAAAAAUGUAUCACAAAACAACUUAAUAAAUAACAAUGUUUGUAGACCUUCAAUAUUCAUAAAUGGAAGCCAAAUAAAAAGUCUCUUAUGUUCAUGUAAAUAGACAAUCCCCAUUACAGACUCAUUUUAGAACUAGGCAAAGAGAUGCAAAUCAAGGCCGGAUUUUGGUGAAAAUAGUGGGGGAAGUGGGAAAAAAUUUUAGGGGUGGUGCAGCGGUCUAACUCACAACUCCCAUGGAAAGUUAGGGCAAUACCAACGAGGUGAGGUAUGCAUGUAGUGUACACAUGUACCAGUGUAUUAAUGAAUUAUGAAUGUAUUUGACUCCAAUCUUGCCCUUCAUUACAAUUGCUACAAAGUUUCUUUCAAAACAUUGCAUUAAAAGAGUGCUUGACACAGAGAUGAAUGGCUAUCACUGUUUCAAUUUUACAGAGAAAACUUUCUUACGACACGAAGUGUAGAUCCUAAGCAACCAUCACAUUUUCACUUUGUUCCAUCACUGAAACUUUCCCAAGGGGAGGUGCAUGACCUUUCAGGAGAGGUGGAAAAAUUCUCAGGAGAGGUGCAAAACCAUCUCAGGGGAGGUGCCCACCUCUCCACACCUCCCAUCAAACUCCGGCCUUGAUGCAAAUAAAUCACCACAGCUAGAAAGAGCAUACUAAAAUAAGUAAAUUAUUGCAAAGUUUGGUUGCAAGAUGUUGUAAAAUACGGAAAACAUAGCCCUGCAAAGUUUGCAAAUUUUGUAAACUUUGGAAGGCUAUAUUUUCUACAUAUUUUACAACAUUUUGCAACCAAACUUUGCAAUUUUACUCAUUUUAGUAUGCCCUUCCCGGGAAUAUACUUUUUUUGCUAAGAUAAAAAAAUUAGUCUAUUAUGGGAAUUGUCUAUUGGUCCCCAUUAUCUAUUUUUGUUCUAGAGGAGGGACCAAAAUUUAUUUUCUUGUUUUUCCUGUUGGGGGGGGGCUUUAAAAAUUUUACCUGUCUUAAGAAGGGGGCAACGAAAAAAUAUUAUAACUGUACAGUUUCUCCUCAUUCUCUCCCUGUACAAUAAAUAAUGAGUAGUCCCUUAUCGAUAUUAUUAUUGUCUAUUAGACCCCAGUUUUGCUCGAUACAUAAAUCAUUAAGUAGCUUAUUACAUUUUAAUUAUUACCUUCGUAGCCAGAGAUGGGUCGUCAUUUCGGGUGAUGAUUGAUGAAAGAAUCAAAUCGAUUUUGUUUUGCUGCUUCCUGAUUCCUUUACCAAGGUUACAGAUGGAUUGCACCAGAAUUUUUCACUGGAAUAUUUGGCUGAAAAUGUCACUAGUUUGAUUUUGUUGUUCUUUUUCGACUGCUAAAUUAGCAUCAAUUUGAUCCCCCGCGCAAUCAUUAGACUCAUUAUUGUUGUUCAAUAGUCUAUUGACUGUGAUUAGGCUUGUUGUUCCUUCUUCAGCGCUUUAACCUUGUCUUGUAGGUCGGCCUGUAUGUAAGUCAUAUUGGUCAUUCUUUCCUCUAAAGCACUGUUUUCGACUUUGAGAUCAUGGUAUUCUAUUUCAAGCGCAGAUAACUUUUAUUUCCUUGUCUUGAUUUGCGAGGCCGUUGAGUUGAUUCGAAUGAUCAAGUAGCGUGUUGUUAAUAGCUAGCGUAUUUUUAAAAAAAAUUCUGAUAACAUUAGCAUUCAGCUCUCUAGUUGUUUGAUUAUUAGUUUGAAAGAGGCCUCAAGAGAAUGUUCACAAUAGUUUGUUGUUUCAACUCCUUCGGCGGCUUCAUUAACACGGCUUCGUUAAAUAUGACAAAAGGCAAGCUUUCGUUUGCUAAGUCCUAUGGUAUAGAUGCCAUAGAGUUGAGCUUCUCUUCAAAUUUUUUUGCGAUAUUCAGCAUGCCACUAAGUGCAUGUAAUCGAUUUAGUAUAAGAGUACCAUCUAAUAGCUCUGACCUCGUUUUCGUACAACUUUGCAUGUCCUCCCGGCGUCGACCAUUUUCCGUGAGACAAAUUUAACGCUUCGCUGACGAAACAUUGUAAUGCUUCAAAAGACGAAGUGCAUACGAGCUUUCCUUUAUGACUGAUAGAUAGAUCAUGUAGCACCUAAUUCCUACAGCUUUCUCUGUAUUCAUUGUUGCAGGAACGUAUUAUCAACUCAAUAAACCUUGUUAAUUUUUCGUACAUUUCUCCAAAUUUUUAGCUCCAGCUAAUCCCUGAGCCGGCGGCGCGAAGCGCCGUGCGAGGGUACUAAUUCCCCCCGGCUAUUUACACCCGGGGAAACGAAAGCAUUAGCCAAGUCUAAAGUUCAUCAAAUAUCGCGGGCGUGACCAACGAACCUUGAGUGGGUGGUCAUCCUCACUGAUCUCAAAAAUAUGGCGGACUGUCAUGGAUAGCGAACACUGAUUGAUCAAAUUUAAAAUUUGUUGUUGUAUGACAAAAUGACGACUUCAACUGACAGAUACUUCAUGAAAAUAAUUUGCUUUUUAGUUUUACACUACAGUAUUUUGUACGUUUGCAAAAAACUUUGACAGCUUUCAAAGCAAUUUGUUCUAUAAAAAGUUUAAUAAAACAAUUACGGUAUCAAAUACCAAUUGAAAAGAUAUGGAGCCAAAUGAAGAGCGGCAAGGAAACGACAAGAAAGCCGAACGUCUAGCGAAAAGGAGGGCGCGAAGACGACAACGUUUGCUCGAGGAGACUGCUGAGGAAAGAGAAGCUCGCCUGGGAAAGCGUAGAGAAGCAUGGAAAAAAAAGACUGCUGAAGCGAAAGGUAAGCAAAGGCUUGUCUUCACAACGUUAUGUACCAAUGAUACUGUAGGUAGCUAUAUACAAGUUGAAGUAUGAUAUUCGACCCUCUAUAUUCGACUAUUUCUUCACAAUUUUCCAAUAAAGAGUUUGUCAUGACAUGCUCAAGUCAGUAUAACCAGACUGUAUUUUAUUUAUAUCAGUUAUCACAGCCACAGGCAGUUUUACGCUGUCAAAUACCGUCGGUUGCAACUAAGGGUGAACAGUUGCAGAUAAAACAUUCUCUAUUCUCAUUAAAAAGCCUGUAAAAGUUUCCACUAGGUCUCUAGCCUAACACGUUCAGACCACACAAAGUUUUGUUACUUAUUAUUGCACACAUGGGAAACAAAAAUUAAGUGUUGUUGUUCUUGACAAACAUUGAAGAUUCUAAUCACGCGAAUGUUUUUAUGCGCGACUGUUCAUCGUUAGUUGCAAACGACGGUACAACAUACUAUGAACAUUUUUCCGACUGUGACCGAAUGUGCAACGAUAUAUUUUUCAUGAAAGUUGUUAUCAAUUCCUAAAAUUUGUUUAUAGUAAAACGGCCUGCUCAGCACUCACUACUCACGAUGAUUUCAUUUAGAAAUGCAGUUACCAGGAAAGGAACUGAUUCUAAAAUAUGUAAAUUUAAAAGCAUUGGCUAACAGAAUAAAGCGAUGUGAAGACACGGUAUAAACUUUUAUAGUUGCUAUUUGUUAUAAAAUCCUAUAAAUAAACCGAUUCAACAAUAAUUUUGCCUCGAAUUUGCAUAUUCUAUGCUGCAUCUUUAUAUUUUAUUUUUAUAGUAUAAAAAUAAAAUUGUAAUAUUAUGAAAUAAAAUACAUUUCUGUUUAUUGACCAGUACUUAUUUAAUGUCUUCUUCAUCCAGUGGUCAGCAUAAAUUUCUACUUCUAGCAAGUAAUUAUUUGACAAGCAGUCUGGAAUAAGCACAGGACUUUUAAUGCAUCAGCCAAAUCCAAGUGUGCCCAUCCCCCUUGCCCAGCCAUUUUCCUGUAAAGCACAUCCCGGGGGUUGGGCAUUUCCACUCGAACCUUAGCCCCGGCGGGGCAUGUGAAAUUAAUAAUUUGGAUUCUUGCACUUCACUUGUGGAAUUAAUAUUAGAAUGUUAGGGUUUGUAAUCCAAGUGAGAAUAUAUACAUGUAUAUAUUUUGUAAUCCAAGUGAGAAUAUUUUGUAAUCCUUGAGUGAGAAUAUACAAAUGUAUAGUACAUCUAUAUAUUUUGUGUAUAUAUUUUGUAAUCCAAAUGAGAAUAGUUUGUAAUCCAAGUGAGAAUAUACAAAUGUAUAUAUUCUCACUUGGAUUACAAACCCUGACAUUCUAAUAUUAAGUCCACCAAGUGAAGUGCAAGAAUCCAAAUUAUUGAAGUCCACCUUAUCACAACCCGCACACCCGAUUACCUAAAUAUACAUGAACUUACAGUUAAAGCUCAACGGCUGGCCUCUGUAGCUCAGUUGGUUAGAGCGCUGCACCGGAAUCGCAGGGCUGUAGGUUCAAUUCCUACCAGAGGACCUUGUGCUGCAUUUUUUGCAGUCGAUCCUGGUUAGGUCUUAAAAUGUAUAUUUUCUCACUUGGAUUACAAACCCUAACAUUCUAAUAUUAAGUCCACCAAGUGAAGUGCAAGAAUCCAAAUUAUUGAAGUCCACCUUAUCACAACCCGCACACCCGAUUACCUAAAUAUACAUGAACUUACGGUUAAAGCUCAACAGCUGGCCUCUGUAGCUCAGUUGGUUAGAGCGCUGCACCGGAAUCGCAGGGCCGUAGGUUCAGUUCCUACCAGAGGACCUUGUGCUGCAUUUUUCGCAGUCGUUCCUGGUUAGGUCUUAAAAUGUAUAUAUUCUCACUUGGAUUACAAGCCCUAACAUUCUAAUGUUAAUUCCAACAAGUGAAGUCCAAGAAUCCAAAUUAUUGAAGUCCACCUUAUCACAACCCGCACACCCGAUUACCUAAAUAUACAUGAACUUACGGUUAAAGCUCAACAGCUGGCCUCUGUAGCUCAGUUGGUUAGAGCACUGCACCGGAAUCACAGGGCCGUAGGUUCAAUUCCUACCAGAGGACUUUGUGCUGCAUUUUUCGCAGUCGUUCCUGGUUAGGUCUUAAAAUAUAUAUAUUCUCACUUGGAUUACAAACCCUAACAUUCUAAUAUUAAUUCCAACAAGUGAAGUGCAAGAAUCCAAAUUAUUGAAGUCCACCUUAUCACAACCCGCACACCCAAUUACCUAAAUAUACAUGAACUUACGGUUAAAGCUCAACAGCUGGCCUCUGUAGCUCAGUUGGUUAGAGCGCUGCACCGGAAUCGCAGGGCCGUAGGUUCAAUUCCUACCAGAGGACCUUGUGCUGCAUUUUUCGCAGUCGUUCCUGGUUAGGUCUUAAAAUGUAUAUAUUCUCACUUGGAUUACAAACCCUAACAUUCUAAUAUUAAUUCCAACAAGUGAAGUUAUACAAGAAUCCAAAUUAUUGAAGUCCAGCUUAUCACAACCCGCACACCCGAUUAGUACCUAAAUAUACAUGAACUUACGGUUAAAGCUCAACAGCUGGCCUCUGUAGCUCGGUUAGAGCGCUGCACCGGAAUCGCAGGGCCGUAGGUUCAAUUCCUACCAGAGGACCUUGUGCUGCAUUUUUCGCAGUCGUUCCUGGUUAGGUCUUAAAAUGUAUAUAUUCUCACUUGGAUUACAAUCCCUAACAUUCUAAUAGUAAGUCGACCAAGUGAAGUGCAAGAAUCCAAAUUAUUGAAGUCCACCUUAUGAUAACCCGCACACCCGAUUACCUAAAUAUACAUGAACUUUCGGUUAAAGCUCAACAGCUGGCCUCUGUAGCUCAGUUG